AUGUACUACGCUGAGGUGAUAGAGCCCCCGCAGCGCCUGUGGAUCUGGGAGAAGGGCGUGUAUAAGGACGAGAACGCACGAAUCUGGCUGUCCAUCUUCACCGAGAAUGAAAAUGUCUCCUUUGUGAUCAUGCGCCAAAAGGACAUCCCCUUGGGGGUGCCUAUGAGCCCCAACCAGCUGGCCCCAUUCCCGCUGCCUCUAAUGUAUCAGCUGUACCCCGAAAAUAGAUACAAAAGCAUAGAUUCCAGGUACUGGCGCAUCGUGUACCACAUCAAGUUCCAAGGCACCGAGGAAAUGCUCCUUGAGCUGCUAGAGGAUCAGCGUUGA